AUGCUGAUGUCAGCAAAGGCCCUUAUCCCUCUGCAAAAAAGGUUUGCGUUUCUCACUCGCCACGAACAUAAAGCUCUAGAAAGGACAGGCAAACAGAACCCAAAUGAUUCCGACUUGACAAUACCUCGAGCCACAAGACAGUCGUUCCUCAUUGUGCUAGAAUCACUUACCAGUCCUGCUAACACACUGACAGAGAUUGGACAUGAACAUCUUCUUGAUAGAAUCUGUUUUGAAAGUAUGACAACAUUGAGUGUGGAAUGCUUUUUUAAAGGAAUGAGUGCAGACCACGACAUGCCUACCGCGGCUGACUACGCUUUCAGAAGGGCUCGUUGCGUCCAAGACGACAUGCUUCGCAUUUACCAGAAGGACUUUUCGUAUUUCACCGGGCCCAAUUCAUUUUAUCCGGAAAAAAUAAUCAAGGGUGAGCCUCCGAAUAUUAAGAGACGACCAAGUAAGCAGUCGCAAAUCAGCGAGGGAACAGGAAGUAAAGAGUAGGACAAAAGGCGAGAAGCCGUAAUGCGAGAGUUUGUCGGAGAAUAUGGAAAAGGUGUACGACAGGAAAACGUUCGUUCAAAAACGAAAGAGUUGACUGGCACACUUCCCUAUGCCUUCAGCAUGUGUUCCUCUGUCUUCACAGCCUCAUCAGAAGACUGAUUCGACGUAACAACAGCCUGCCAAAUAGAGGAUGCUAGUUUCGUACUGCAGGGUAGAAUUGUGCAGGUGCAAACUUCUUACCACGUAAGGAUGUCGUUGCUGUGAGACAUAACCGCAGAAAAGAGAUUUCGCCAUUCUGGCUCGCUAUUCUUUUACAAGACGUUCAAUUAGAAGUUGAUGGAGGCAAUUUUUUACGAAGAAAGUGCAAUUUCAGUAGCUGAACCAGACAAGUGACCUUCUUACGUACACUCCCGGCGAUGUCUGUGAUCGGAACUCACCCAACUGCAUUCUAACCCGAGUUUUGGGAUUCACUGCCAAGGGUUCAAGCAUCACUCUAACGUCUGAGGAGGACAAUAGGCUCUGCAGGCUUGCUAAUGGUGACCUUGAUGACGAAGAU